GAUGCGUAGGAAUUAAACCACGAGGGCGUUGCCCGAUCGGUUUGAUAACAAGCAUCGGAACGACAUACCGUUGGUUAUAACCGCAAUAACCAACGGUUACCCGUCGAUUAUUUCGAUUCUAACACGAUUUCAUUAAUAAGUUACCCGCGAUUUAAAGGUUAUAAAUGAGAAUUAUAUUAACCGAACGUCCUCCACUUUUCCGCGAAAACGCGACGUCACCACAACAAUGAAAAUCAAAUGACGUCGUCUUCAUUCAUAAACAGUGCGCGGACAAUCAAAGUGACGUCACUUAAAACAACCGUUGGUAUAUCGGGGUAAUAACCAACAGUAGUUUUCCUUCUUUGUAUAUAGAAAAAAAGUCACGUGCCGUGGUAGAAUAAAAAUUAUACGCUGGACGGGAGAUACCAAUAGGUGCAAUGGAAUGACCUUGUACAUAAUUGAACUACCGUCUAAUGGGUCUCAUGUAGGAAUUUAUCAAAGGAGACAAGAAAUAUGUGAUGCUGACAACGACAUGAACAAGCAAUCCAGCGGCGUUAUGUCGAUUGAAAAGGUAUUCUCAGAUAUAAGAACUGCAGCGAAGGAAAUAAUUCUCCGGAUGCAGGAACCAAAUGAUAAGCGUUCGCUUGAGGAAAAAAACGAGAUCUUUUCAUCCUUAACACAAGCGGAAAUGAUGUUCAAAGAUAAGGAUUAUUAUUGCCGACGUCUGCUGGAAAGGAGCUGUUUUCUGGAAGCUCUUAAUGCAUGCCAGGAAAAAACGAUUCAAACGAACCGGGGCUUAUUUGAAGAGCUAGUGAAGAAAUGUGAAAUGUUAAAAUCUCAAAUAUCCACAGACCAUUCUAGUGAACUUAUUCCGAUAGCAAAAUCAUUAGAAGAUAUGAGACAGAUCUGUGUGAAAAACGAGAAAACUUUAGUGAAGGAAAUGGACCUCCUACAACAAGAAAUAACACAAAAAGAAGACGAAAUUAAAAAACUAAAGUUUGCAUUACUGUCUGUGAAGUCUCGCAGUAACGAGGAAAGAAACAAAUUGCAACGACAAAUUGAAACACAAGAAGAACACAUUAUCAACCUGAAGAAGAAGAAAAAAAUACUGCAAAACAGACUGAAUGAACUUCUGCCGAUAGCAAACUCAUUAGAAGAUAUGAGAAAGAUCUGUGUGAAAAACGAGGAAACUUUAGUGAAGGAAAUGGACCUCCAAGAAGAAGAAAUUAAAAAACUAAAUUUGUCAUUACACACAUUGAACGAAACUGUCGAGGUAAACAAAAAUUGCAUCUCAUUAAAGCAAGUGGACACAUCAAUCAACCAAGUGAAGGAUGGUUUAACCGAUAAUUGCACAGUUGAGGUAUCUACAGCUGACUCCGAUAUUUCGGUACCGCUUCUUCACCAGACGAACAUAGUGCAAGUAGAAGAUAAUGAGUUUGAUGAUGAUAAAGAGUCGACUGUUAGGUUCGAUAGUUCGUUGGAACAUGGUGCGACUGGUUUCUCUAUGGCACGGAUGUCUGAUGAUAGCAAAGGUGAUUAUUUGUCGAAGUACUACUAUGAUGCGAGUGAGGCGGAGGCCUGGAUGAGUGAGCAGGAGCUGUAUAUGAUGAGAGAGGAGCGAGCCAAGGAUGAGAUAGGGGCCCAGAACAUGAUGAAGAAACACACGGCCCUGGAGAACGUCGUAGAGGACUACGCAGGGGUCGUAAGGCAGCUGGGAGAGUGCAGUAGGGCCCUCAUCAACCAGUGUGACCAGAUAAUGCGCCAGUCGCAGGUAGACAAGCUGUAUGCAGGCCUCAAGAACCUGGCACAGGGGCGGCGCAGCCAGAUAGCAAUUCGCCAGUCGCAGGUAGACAAGCUGUAUGCAGGCCUCAAGGACCUGGCACAGGAGCGGCGCAGCAAGCUGGAGGAGGUGCUCAAACGGUACAUGCUGUGCCCCGAGAUAGAGGACCUCUUUCAGUGGAUAGUCGAGGGAGAGGUGGUCGCCUGCAGCCAUGAACUGGGACAGGAUUUCGAACAUGUCACUUUACUGAAGGAAAGGUUCCAGGAGUUUGCACUCGAGACUGAAUCCAUCGGCACCGAGCGUGUGGCGGCUGCCAACCACACUUGUGACAACCUGAUUGCCCUGCACCACUCGGACUCUGCGACCAUCGCGGAAUGGAAGGACCUGUUGAACGAGCGCUGGGAGGACCUGCUGGAGCUGAUAGACACGAGGCACCAGGAGCUGCAGGCCUCCUGGGAGAGACACAAGUUCUUCAGUGAACGCAAGGAGACUCUUAUAAACUGAAAAAAGUCGGGUUUUAUUUCAAUAUGUCGAAAGUGACCAUAUAUCCGGAUGAAAAUAUUUUUGAUGACAUGUUAAUUUCAUGUCUUUUUUGUAGUGUUAAAACCAGUUUAAUAAUAUAUUAUUGAUUUUAAAAACACAACUUCCAUGAACAUAAUUAUUUCAAGAAAAGUCAAUAUAUGAUACUGCACGGUAACCUCUAACUUUGUAUCCAAGAGAAGUUGUUGAAAUCAAUAAAGUGCAAUGUUCUUAA